AUGGUGAAGUCCUGCAGGGUGGUCGGAGGAAGCUGGGUGCUGUACGGAGGAGAGAAGUUCAGCGGGAGCAUGUAUGUUUUAUCAGAAGGAGAUUAUCCUAACCUGAGCAGCAUGGGUUUACCAGCAGACAGCAGAGUCCGCUCUGGGGUGUUGUGUGAGCACAGUAACUACAGGGGCGCCAGUUCCUUCUGGAGCCCAUCGAGAUCACAAACUGGCUCAAAUUCAGCUCCGUUGUCCUGCAUCGGCUCCCUGUAUCCCGUCAGACAGAAGCAGAGGCCGUUUCGCAUCAGGAAUAAGCAUACGGGGCACUGUGUCUCCGUGCAGGGCGGUGUGGAAGACAUGAAAACAGGUCGAGUGCUGGUGUCUGAGCAGGUGGAGGGCAUGAGUGAUAUCUGGUUCUAUCAGGACGGACUCAUCAAGAACAAGCUGGCGAGGAGCAUGAGUCUGCAGGUUAUGGGUAAUGUGGAGUCUGCAGCGAAGGUAGUGUUGUGGACGGAGACGGCGUGUGCCAGUGCAGACAUGGAGCGCUCAGAUGAGUGGAGCCAUCGCCAGCCUCACCUUCCCUGGGAUGGUGCUCGACAUCAAAGGAUCGUUCAUGCAACUGUUCUCAGUACAGUGAUUGAGCAUAAUCAAGUAUGA